CGGAUGGCUGGACAGUGAAAAACAAAGGAAGCCUGACCAUCUAUUUAUUCUCUGUUCCCUCCCCUUUAUGGGUCUAUGCAGGAGAACAGAGAAAUGUGAGCUUGCUCUUUAGAGGGACAGAGGGAUGGAGAGGGAGAGUCAGGAGGAUGAACAUUCGAUACGCUACAUUCACUUGUUUCACAUGCACACAUGUGCAUUUACAACCAGCACCUCGGCUGUGCAGCCGGCAGGACUCCCCUCCCCUGUGACUCUAGGUGAAGAGGGGCAGACGAGGACUCAAAGCUUUCAGACGUAGAAACGCUCUUACUGUCAUCUCUCCCUCCCUCUCACUCUCGCGCUCUCUCUAACACACACACACACACCAAGACAGGCACAUGUGUACUGGAUCAGAGAAACAACAGAAGAGUUGGACAUGAAGUCUCAGCAGAAGUGUAUCGCAAUCUUUGCCCUGGUGUGCUGCUUUGCUGUGCUCGUGGCGUUGAUUUUCUCUGCAGUGGAUGUUUGGGGCGAAGAUGAGGACGGAAUCACAGAGGAAAACUGUUCUAAGAACUGCAGUGUGGUGCUUGUGGAGAACAUCCCAGACAGCAUCUCCUUCUCGGACAACAGCACAUCGCACCUACCCCUCUCAGUAGGACUGAACAACUUACUGGACAGAGCUGAGCGGGUCGUAGAGAUUGUUUCUCCAGUGUGGCUCCUCAAUUCCUCUGAAUUCAACUUCCAGCUUGCUGCCAAACAGGGAAGGGAUCUGCUGUCCAGGCUUCAGCAACUGAAAGCAAAAGGAAUCCAGCUGAAGAUCUCGAGUGGAGAAGUCGACUCAGCUGAGCUGGAGACACUCGCAAAUCACUAUGCUGAGGUUCACAAAGUGAACAUGACAGCACUGACCAACGGCAACAUCCACUCGUCCUUCUGGGUGGUGGACCGCAAACAUUUCUACAUCGGCAGCGCCAGCACGGACUGGAGAUCUCUGGCCACAAGAAAGGAGCUGGGUGUGCUGGUGUACAACUGCACCUGUCUGGCUUUGGACCUCCACAGAGUGUUCAGCCUUUAUUGGGGUCUCCAGCAUAAAGAAUUCAUCCCUACCUUCUGGUCCAAGCGCCUGUUUCCCUACUUUAACAAAGACAAACCAGUGAAUCUCUCGUUCAACAACACAGAGGCUGAGGCCUACAUCUCUAGCUCGCCAGAUGCUUUCAUCCCCAAAGAUCGUAGCAGUGAUCUUGAAGCCAUUUCCAGGGUCAUCCAGCAGGCCCGCCAUUUCAUAUACAUCUCCAUUAUUGAUUACCUGCCUCUCUUGAGCAGCAGCACACUGAGGUACUGGUCUCGUAUCGACAGUCUCAUAAGAGAAGCUCUGAUCCUGAGGAAGGUGCGCAUCCGUUUGCUGAUAAGCUGCUGGGAAAAAACUCAUCCUCUUACGUUUAACUUUAUCUGGUCCCUGAAGAGCCUGUGCAUGGAGCAGGGCAACUGCUCGCUGGAAGCCAAGUUCUUCAGCCCUACGCAGAAACACGUAAUGAACCACAACAGGUUCAUGGUUUCAGACAGAGCCAUUUAUUUAGGUAACCUUGACUGGGUGGGGAAGGAGUUUACCUAUAACGCAGGAGCAGGCCUUGUGAUCAGCCACCCAGAAACCAUCAAAGAAAGGAACAACUCUGUAGUGGAGCAGUUACGGGCUGUUUUUGAGCGGGACUGGUUUUCACGUUACACCCGCACACUUCAGAAUGACAAGAUACCUGUUUGUAACGAGCAUUCAGUCACUAAUUACAAAGCCAGCCACACUGGACCAGUACCUAUCAGAACAGGUCCGUAUGAUAACGGGCCUGCACCACUGAGAAACCGACACAAUGCUGGUGGACUGACUCAAGACAAAGCAGCUCACCAUGACGACAGGCUAAGAAAGAUUAGCCAACAAAGUGUUGCUAAUGAAACAGUGCCAAUAAUGGACAGUCACCAAAAGAGGGCUGGAAUCAGAGUGAAUCACCUUGACGACAGACGGGUACAGAACCACGACAUUCCAGCACAUCCAACCAGCCAGUCGACUGAAAGCAGCGGCUUCAGAGAGACUUCCAGUGGAUCUCUGUGACUUUCAAGGAACUGUUUGGAAAACUGAUAGCUCUCUAAGUGUCUACCACUUGCUCUUUGUAGCACUUCAAUACUGUCAUUUUUUAGUAAAGUAAAAACUUUAAGGAUUUAAGACACAACAAGGAAGACCAUGAGAGGGAAGGAAUUCUCCAUCUCCAGUCUGGCACUUUGAAAGGGAAAGGAAACAAAGAGAUUUUGGUUCAAAUUAAACACUGAUUUAAAGAUUUAUACUAACACAGAUCCUUGCUAUUCAUUUAAUUUUACUUGAGGUCUCUCUGUGAAAUAACACAUACAUUUGCACUGACUGCCUGAAUGCUGUCACUUAAGGUGUUGGUGGCAGUCAUAACUUAUCACCCUUUAAAAGGAGGAACAGCAGGAUGCUUGUGCAGAGACAGGAAGCAGUGCAGCAUGUGCAGCCACACGAGCUACAUCUUGGAUUGCUAACACUUCAAACUAGUGGGAACUUUACACACAGUUUGUUUUUAGUUACCACUACUGAGUGCAUACUUUGUCCUUAUGUAAGUAAUCUCCUAUUGCAUUUUAUUCAAAGGAGAUGCAAAACUCCAAUUGAAAAACACUACAAAGUGUAAUUUCACAUCUGAACCAAACUAAAGGUUUAAUAGAAAACAUCAAUUGACAUGACUCAAGCUGCUAAUUAGAAAAACAAUUCAUUAAAGUAACACUAAGUAGUUUCCUGCUCCUCCGCCCUACUGGUUGAAAGUGGAAUUACAACUGUCAUCAACGACCUUGCAGCCAGCUGUAGCUAGUGCUAACAAUGAGCGAACACUAGCCUGAACCAACUAAUACUAACAUAAACCACAAAAUAAAAAGAUCCCCACUGUUGGAAAAAUAACAUUAUUACAAGUCCCGAUACAACAAAGCCGGGUCACCAUCAGUCCAUGAUUUUGUAGCAUCCUUUAGGUCCCUCAAACUUGCGUAGGCCGUGCCGAUGUACACUCCAGUUUUAGCAAUUUGCUUUGCUUCCAAAGACAUAACUCUCUUACUUUUUUCUUCUAGGCUCCACCAUGAUGCCAACAAAUACGCAAACAUCUUUUUCGUCUUCUUGUGCCUUUUUAUUAACGAUUGGUGAACUGAAAAAUCUAAUUGCUAGCUUAAUAGCUAAUAGCCAUAAAGCAGAGCACCUACCCACUCCACAAAACCGUUAAAGUGAAACAAGGCAGUUUUGACUUGAUUUUAGCACCCCCAGUGUUCAUUUAGUAAAAUAACUCAUCUCAGUGCUAUACGUUUGUCUGUUUGUUUUAAGCCUGAUUCACACUUCUCCAUCAACUUCGGUGUGGAGACACACAAUGUCAUUAUGCGUCGGUGCAAGAGCUUUCAGACAGAUGGUGACAGAGACAUGGCCACAUUUUUUAAUAUUUGUUGAAAUGGAUGUACUAGCUUGCGAUUGGUUAGGACACGGCUUCCUGUAAAUUUGUCCACAGCACUGUCAUUGCCUUGUUAAAAAGUAAAAAGAUAUUCAGCGGCAGACACAGAACAGAUUGAAAAAUGCAGCACGGGAAAGUCAGGAAAUAUGAACGUUUAUUCACCCGUGACUGAAGGAGUGCAAAGUAUGGAGUAAAAGUUUUAUUCGUGGAAGGAUAUAAUGAUAAGAGCAUGGUUUAGAGAUGGAGACCACAUGACGAGGUGGAAGAGAGUGAAGGACAGAUGUGUCUGCAUUAUGAAGUCUCUGAAAUAUAUAAACACCUUAACAAAUAAACUAUGGACCAGAUACAUGAGUGUAAUGGUAGCAUGAUACCACAGAAAAGUGCUAUGCCCUCUAUUGUCCUGGUGGGGAAUUUCAUUAACCCUGUAAAGCAGGGAUGUUGAGAGUGUCCACAUAGCCUGCCUUUAUUCAGGGUGCAACCAGACUGUUUCAGCCCCCUUUCUGAGGUGGUCUGCUUCAGGCUGACCAGGGCCAACACACCCACUGCUGACCAAUAAGCCCACUUACCAGUCAGCAAAUUCAUGUCUUUCAUUAGAGGAAGCCUCUGACUGGUGGGUAGAAUCAGCCCACAUGGGCUGAAGGCAUGCACAACUCAUUAUCAUGCUGAUUACCUAUAGUAGCUGAGAACUUCUCUGACUGCAUUCCUAAGCAAGGAUGUGUGGAAUCAACCAGGCCAGGUUGGGGCUUACUGGAACUAUCCAGGUGGUGUGGAGCCGAUGCUAGUGGCUCGGAGGGCCUGUAUCCAGCACAUUUUAGUGGUGUCUCUGCUCCAACACACGUGAUUCAGUGAUUGAGUCACCUGCGCAGCAGCUCAUCAGGCUCUGCAGAAGCCUGUUAAUUACCUGCUGAUUGAAAUCAGAUGUGUUGAAACAGAGUUAAAGCUAAAACGUGCUGGAGACCGGCCCUCUAGGCUCGGAAUUGAAUACCCCUGCUGUAAAAGGUCAUUUUGGCACAUACUGGCUCUUGAAACUGGUUUAAAAAUAUGAAAAAAUUUCAUAGCAUCUGGUUUCUGGUCAGCAGAGGGCUGUUUGAGAUGAAGCUGGUAAUGUUUUUACUCACGCAGUCACUCAAACCCACGUUGAAGGAUUAGCUUAAAAGCUGUUUAGUGUUAGCCUAGUGAACUAGACCAAAGUGUUACUUUAAAUCUGUUCUGAAUUCUGACCCAAAAGUAGAGGAACAGGAGCUCUAAAAGCAUCUCAAAUUCAUAACUAUCCUGUUCCAAUAUCUUUAAAUCCAGGAAAUGGGUGCGCAAUCCCAGAAACCUUUUCUUAUUAAUGAUCGUCAAAUGUUUUUAUUUUAUUUUUUACAGAGAAUGUGAUUAUAUUAAAUAAUGCAGCUGUGCAUUAAUUACCCUUUAUUUGUUUAUUUAUUUAUUUUGUUUAUAAAUUUUUUUGCACUGUAUGGCUAAACUACGAACCUGCCCAAACGUCAUAUGACAGGAAGGGGCAGUGGAACCCCUUUUCCUUGGAGGAAAAUCUGAAGGGCUCCUAAUAAAUGACAAUUCCUGUCUUUAUACCUAAAUCCUGCUUUCUAUUGAGUUUCUCGGAGUUGUAAAAAUGGGUCAGAGGGGUUUUUGCUGCCAACCAAAUCAAUACAAUGAAUUUUUAACAAAGCUGACAGUUGAAGGCUGCAGUUUAACCCUAACCUCAAGGACGUGUUGGUCUGUAAUGUCAUGCCUGAAUCCCUUUACUGUAGUCAAAACUAAACUUAUACUGUAGAUUGUUUGUGGAGAUUAGCUAUUUAACACUUGAAUGAAAGCUUGUAGCACAUUUUCUUUGCAUUUUGAAUGUUCGCACGUAGCAUGUGUUUACAUACCUUUAACUGACGGUGCCUGUGUGGUUUGUAUCCAAGCAUUUGCUUAUAUCCAGGGAUAUUAUUAACUCAUAACGCAUGGUUACUUUUAUUUCUUUGGGCUUAAAGUAGCACAUCUGUAAUUAGAGCUGUGUCUGAGAAAAACUAAAAAUUAUCAGGAAAUCUGUUUGUUUGGCUUUUUCCCUGGUGCUUUAUGUACCUGUUAAAUAAUAAUCACAAUCUCUGAUUGCUGGAUUAUAAUUUAUGUCUUUGUGAGUGGAAAAUCUAACAGUUUUGCAUAAAGAUAAAGGAAAACACUUAACAAUGGGCUUGCCAUCACAGAUAACUUCUGCCAUCUAGUGGACAUUAUGGGAGACUUUUUUUUAAAAUAUGUUUUUAUCAAGUCCAUAUGUUGCAGCUUUAUUUUAAAGAUUUUUUUUUUACAAAAGCAAGAAAAUGUAACCUAAAAUAUCCAUAAGUUCAGUUGUUUUGUGCUUUCUCCCUUUUUGUGUAUAGCACUACAUGUGGGCAUCAGUAGCUCAGGUGGUAGAGCGGGUUGCCUCAUGAUCGGAGGGUCAUGGCUCCGAUUCCAGCUCCCGCCAGGGGUAUCCUGCUGUUGUGUCCUUGGGCAAGACACUUCACCCAACUUGCCUGUGUUAGUGGUGGUCAGAGGGGCAGACGGCGCCAAAUGGCAGCCUCGCCUUUGUCAGACCUCCCCAGGGCGGCUGUGGCUACACGUAGCUUACCAUCACUAGCAGUGUGUGAAUGUGAGAGUGUGUGAAAGCAUCUUUGGGUGUCUAGAAAAGUGCUAUUUAAGUUCAAUGCAUUAUUGUUAUUAUUAUUACAUCACCACAAUGUCAUGUUGGUUAAGUGUACAUUUUAAUCUAGAUCACUGCAAACCUCAUAUGGAAAGAAAUGCUGCUAAUAUAUUAUUUCCAUGUGUAUGUGUAAAAUAUGUAUUCUGCACAUGUUUUUAAACCGACUUGAGCUUAAAAAGCUGUGACUGUUUCCCGCUUGGCAGGGUCUAAGCCUUAUGCAUGACACUGGAGAUUGUUUUUCUAACCCUAACCUCCAUGUGUCAGGGGUUAAAUGUAUUGUGGCUACAUGACAAAAUCCAAGCAAUGACAAGAAAAGGCAUGUUUCUGUGUCACCUGUUGUGCAUCGUCCUUUAUUAUUCUGUUUGACUGAAACCUCUGAAAGUUUUUAUCAAAUUAUGUAUGGAACUGCACAAAUUAAGCACUGAUUUCAUAGUUGAAGCUUUUCAAUGUUGCUUGCAUUACCUUUACUCUGUUGUUUCGGCAUGACUGCUGCUUGCAUGCCCUGCCUUUAAGAACAAUAAGCCUUUCUGCAAGUUAUGCUAAUGGAAAAAUCUUGUAUACCUUUAAAGAUACAGGAGGAAUGUAUAUUUAUUGAAUAUCUUGUUAAUGCACUCUACUGAUUGUCUGAUUAUUUGGUUUUUACUCUUAAUAAAAAAAUAAGUAAAACUAUUUUCUGUUUAAGUGUAAUUGAAUGCUUAAAAAUCUAAAUAAUUAAUGAGCAUCAGAGUCAAGUCAGCGCCAGAGCUAGCACUGGAAGCUAGCUCUGGGGAAAGGCCUCAGCCUGAGCCUCACGUUAAUGGAUGUUAGGCCAUUUCCACUCUGUGAACUGGCUGCCACCUCUUACACACUGAGCAUGAGACACAAGCAUUUGACCUUCACACUCUCUCACGCCACACCUCCAAUAUCUGACACUAAACCGGCGCCUGCGCUCCCCAAUCACGCAUCACGAUCAUGCCCAGUGUGUUGGGCUUAUGAAAAAAAAACUGAUUAUAUUAAUUAUAGCAUUAGCUACUGAGCAACAUGCACACAAACAACACUUAAGUAAUAAUUUAACUGGCGUUAUUUCACACACAGAAUCCCAUCUGUAUAAUCCAAGCCGAUGUGCUUUUUUCCACUCUCGUUAGAUGGGCGGAGUGGUGAGCUCCAUCUGCUGUUGACGGGACGGGCAUGCCCGGUUCUUUCUCCUAGCACUGUGAGCUGCGGCUACACGUGCCGCCAAAAUUACAUGCUUUAUUUUAGAAAUGCAGUCGCAUCGCCUGCCGGUGUUGACAGAGCCAAAGCUAUAGAAAGGAGUCACUAUACUGCGUUUAUAUCAGUACUUGAAAAUCCUUCGUUAACUCGAGUUAGCAUUUAGCUAAUCUCCCGCUGAUCUCCGACCUCACGUAAGCGGCCAAAGCGGCCGGGUCCGAUUGCAGAGGUCUGAGGCUCUGCUUGUAUUUUAACAGGCCAUAUUAAAGCUCCACAAGCUAUCAGCAUGACAGCCUCGCACAGGAAACCAGGUGGCCACGCAGGUGGGCUACCUUGGAGCUCAUUUUUAGCUUCUUGGGUUAGCUAAGUUAGCUAGUGGCUACAUUGGUUCAUUUGGUUCCAAUCCUGUACCAGACGUACCCAUCCCACCCUCAGCUCCACUUCUUUCCCCAUUUUUGGAUUGUCAGGGUGUAACGAGACCUGUGACACGGCCCAAUUGACAGUGGUGGGAACCUCCCAACUGGCUUCAAACCUGACCCCCACAGAUCAAUGGGCGGUGUAUGUCCAUCCAUUUUAUAUGUAGAU